ACCGCCUGCCAGUCCGCCUGCAAGCCUGCAGGCCUGGCGGCCAUGCGCCGGCCGGCAGCUCGCGCUGCGGCCAUUUGACGUUUCAUUGAGAAGGGCCUAAGUGCUGGCCUCGUGCCCUGGCCGAGCUUAACGAGCUCGGGAAAUCGAUUACGUCUGUUGUGACGCAACUUCGUGGUGUCGCCGAAACACCGCGCCUUUUGAGUUCGCACUCAAUUACCAUCAUUAACAGGAUACCUGCUGUGUGGCUGAGACAGCUGGGAGGGAAGAGGUGACAUCACCAGUUCACAGAAACCAUAAAGUAAACAUGGAAGACUCUCAAAGGUGCGAUGGUCCUGUGAUCAAGAAAUACCCCACAUUUUCAUUUCGAAGAUUUCAAGAUAUGGUACCCGCCCGUGUGGUACUCUACUUCCUGUCCUUCACGGGCUUCCUGGUCAGCUUCAUGAUGCGCACCGACAUCAACCUGGCCAUGGUGGUGAUGGUGAAGCUGCCGCCUCCUUCGGCCGCCGCCAACGUGUCCGCGGACUCGCCGCUCUUCUGCUACGACCCCGUCAACAGCUCGGACUCGGCGGCCGGCGAGAACGUCACCGUCCAGGAUGAAGGGGAGUUCGACUGGGACACGACCAUCCAGUCUGCCAUCCUGGGCUCCUUCUACUGGUGCUACAUCCUCUCCCAGGUGGUGGGGGGCGUGCUGACCCAGCACUUCGGCACCAAGACAGUGUUCGGAGGGUCGCAGCUCAUCACCGCCAUGUGCUCCCUGCUCAUUCCUGCGGCCGCCUCCGUUCACUUCUCCGUCAUCAUCGUGCUGCGCAGCAUCCAGGGCAUCGCCUCGGGACUGACCUGGCCAGCCAUGUACGCGAUUGUGGGCCACUGGAUCCCGGCCAUCGAGCGUAGCCGCUUCAUGUCGUCGUUCCAAGGGUUCAGCUUCGGCAUCGGCCUCACGUACCCGCUGUGCGGCUUCAUCAUCGCGCACUUCGGCUGGCGCGUGGUGUUCUACACCACGGGCUCCAUCGGCAUGGUGUGGUGCGUGCUGUGGUGGCUGCUGGCCUUCGACACGCCCUCCAAGCACCCGCGCAUCGCCGACACGGAGCUGCGCUACAUCCAGACCAACGUGGGCAACACUGUCGUAGGUCCCAAGGGCAUGGCGGUGCCUUGGAGGCACAUCCUCACGUCGCUGCCGGCCUGGGCCAUCGCGGUCACCACGUUCGGGCGCAUCUGGGUGCACUACACCUUCAUCAUACCCGGCCCCAUGUACAUGCGCACUGUGCUCGGCUUCAACAUUCAGAUGAACGGAGUGUUGUCGGGGGUGCCGUUCCUCUGCAGCUACCUGGCGUCCGUGCUGUUCUGCUACCUCGCGGACGUGCUCGUGAACCACCAGCUGCUGUCGCUGACCAACGUGCGCAAGCUCUUCACCGCCUCGUCGCAAGUGAUCCCGGGGCUGCUGGUGCUCGCUAUUGGCUACUUCGGCUGCAACAUCGAGCUGGUGCUGGUUGCGUGGUUCCUGGCCAUCAUCCUCAUCACAGCGUCGUACGCCGGAGCCAUGGCCAACAUCGUCGACAUUGCCCCCAACCUCGCAGGGCCGGUGCUGGCGUUCGCUCAGACCAUCCACAUGAGCGCCAGCUUCCUCUCCCCGCUGGCCGCUGGCUUCAUCCUGCAGGACCAGCAAACGCUGGAGCAGUGGCGGUACGUGUUCUGGGUGGCGGCCGCAGUGGCGUGCGUCACGUACUUGGCGUACCAGGUGUUUGGCACGGCCGACAUUCAGCCGUGGAACUACCCCGACCAGAAGAUGCCGGGGGCCGCCGAGAGCGCGAGCACUCCGCUCAGGGCACCAGAGGACCCCGAGAAGUAGCCCCGCAGUGCCCCGCGGCCACUCAAGUGCCUUUAGCUGUCCCGAGCCCUAGCCCUAGCCCUAGCCCUAGUCGCGUGUAGCAGUCACCUCUGCAUUUAGCCACUCACCUCCCCUACGUCUCCAUUCCAGUUACUGCUGUUAAGUUUCUCGUACAAGACAUUUACUACUGAUCCUCUAUGUUGUUAUGUGAACUUCACAAAUGGGCUCUAUUUUCUCUGAAUGCCCAGUUCAGCUGGUAGAUAUAGUUUAUUUUUGUCUUGUUGUUAGGUAUGUUACAGGAGAACAUAACGUGUUAAUAUUGAUAAAAUAGUUAUAGAGCAUAUUCUUAAAUUGCAUCACAGAAAGCCAUCUGUGAUGUACUAGAAUGUAUAGAUAUGAUUGAGUGGAAAAGAAAAUGCCUUUACAUGUUGUAUGUAUUCAUUGAAACAGUUGUAGGUUGGGUUUGGUCCAACUGUUCUGUGAUAUUACCAUAGGUUAUUUUGAGGUAGUUUAAUUACUUUUUCAUACUGUAGUGUAUUUUUUUUUUUUUUUAAGUAUUUGGUUAAUCUUCUUUGACAGUAUUAUUUUUUUUAAUGAGUAACUAUUUCGUGGUAAUGCUUGGUUCGUAUAUAUAUAUAUAUUAUAUAUUAUAUAUUGUCAGGAUAUUCACAUCUACUGCAACAUUAUCAAUACCGAAACAUAGGCACUUUAAGCCAGAAACACUUAAGUAGUAAUCAAAGUGAAAUUUUUUAUUAGUUUUGACAAUUUAGACAUAUGUCUUUGUUUAGUAUGAUUCAUUUGUCUUGUGGAUUUCUGUUUGAGAUGAAAGGCUUGCAAUGGAACAAGUAACUGAUUUGACAUCAGUGUACUUCUUGUGGGACUUGUCAGUUUAAGGGGAGUAGUUGAUAUACACAGGAGUUCAGAGGGAUGUCCAUCCAUUGCAAAGCUAUCUGUAAGGGUAUUUUGCAACUGUAUGCUUCACUGCUAUAAAUAACACAGAUAGCUGGCCCCCCUCGGGUUAUCUUGCACAUUUUUCGUUAAGUUAUGCAGUAAAACUCGCUUAAGACAUUUCUGCAUGAUAUUUUUUCCCGCAUAUUUCAUUCACAAAAUUAUUCCUUUGAUCACUUUCAAAUAUUCUGAUGUUAAUUCUUCCCAUUUAAAUCGUUUAAGUUUAUAGAUGCUUCCAACAUAUAACUCUCAGCAUUUAUGGGAAAAAAAAUUAAAUAAUAAUUAUCUUUAAACUUUCAAAUUAUAUUUAUCGUUAAUCGAUAAAAAUUUACGUAUUCCCAAACAAAAACAAAGAAGUUGAUAACAGCACAUGACCAUCAAAAACUUUGCUACUUGCUGUUACAAGUUGUAUUUUUCAACAAUUUGUGUGCUUGCAUUGGUAUAGAAUUUGUGAGGCUGUUUCAUCUGUACAUCAUUUCCCUCAUUUGAGUCAUAACAUCUGAUGAAUACUUAGCAAACCACUGAACUUUAUCUAUGCAGCACACCACCAGCCAUUCGUUGCCAUGUUGGCGUGUCACUUUCUUUUGUAGGAUAAGGUAUUCAGUGAUACCCGUUUAUGUGUUCUCGGUAUUAACAUUUUCCCGCAGUUAACAUUUUCUUUAGGUCCCAUUUACGUGUUAUAACUGUAAUGCAAUACUUUCCCUCAAAUGACACCGUGAAAAUUUAUUUCUUCCUGCUUUUCAUGCCUCCUAAACGAUGUAAAAAAACUGGUUUUUUAUUUACGUGGAACCCAUUUGUUUUUUUUGCACAAUAUAAUUUCCCAUUAAAUAGUGAACUGUUUCAUUCCCACCAGGAAAUUACUGUUUAAUUAUUUAACAAACAGAAAUACAAAUUUGUCUAAUGUGUAAAUUCUCCUUGCCGGUGUGUAGUACGUAAGGAAAUAUCAGCAACACUAGUUGGCAUCAUAUUUAGUUCAGUUAAUUUCUAUAUAGAGUGGAUGCACGUAGUCGAAUGUCAAUAUCGAUAGCUUGCCAAUUGCAAGCAGCGCAGAGCGCACACAUCAGUGUUGCCAGACGUACCUGAACUAGGGUACACUACUACCAUAUCUGUACCCGGUACCCGAGAAGAUUCAUUCAGGUACGCAAAUGUACCAAAAUUUAAGGGAAAAUAAAUUAAUAGUAAAUAAUAUUGAACAAUAUUCACCUGGAAUGGAAAACCAGCUAAGAUGGAAAACGGUCUUUGCCCUGGCUGUAACACACUGAAAUUAAACAUCCCUGGCAUUUUUAGAACAGCCUUGGCUGUGCUGGAUUUCUGAGGAUCUCUGGAGAACCACAGGAUCAAGUUGAAAGUAGUAUCAAGUAAACAGUUGGGCGGUGACAACAGGACCAUGCAUAUAUCUCAUUGAAAACAGUCUCGGCUACACUAUUAAAGCACAACACAAUUUUAAGUCGCCAUAUUAAUAUUUACAAUAAAUUUACACAAACCUUUAACCUGAAAAUACAAUUUUUUGCAUGUGGCUGGAAUAGUAGUCUUUAGGUUUACAUUAUAUCCCCCCCCCCCCCUCCUUAAUUUUCCCCAACGGGCCUUAGCAGUACAGCCAAUAUUACAUUUAAAAAAUAAAAUUUUUAGUUUGAACACUAUCAUGAGAUUUAAGAGCACGGUAUAUGAUAUUUGUAGACGGUAAAAAUUCACGGUUUCAUUUCGUGAUGUAUUAGAAUACAAAUACAUUUAGGUACCUUUUUGAUGCUUCAGUAAUUGUGCUUCAGUUUAUCUGAAGGACUCUUGAGCCAAUGAAAAACCCUCAACGAUAGAAGUAUCGAAUCACAUGCAUCUCAGUUAACAGGUGACACGAGUCAGUAGCCAAUAAAAUGGUGUAAUUUCCAUAGUACUCAGAGAAUCAUGUAGUUUAUCCUAGAGGUAAUUGAAACUGCAAAUUUUUCUAGUCACUAGAUAUUUGUAUUAAAAAAGAUAGCAAUAUUUUAUUUUAAAUAAAAAAAAUUUUUGUGCGAGUGUACCUGAAUGACACCCGAACUAAGAACCUCUUGUACUCAGAAGUACUCAAAUGAAGAGGUGUACCUACAUACUAUGUCUGGCAACAUUGGUGCACAUUUUGUCUCAUUCUGAGUGAACUGUAUUUCAUAGCCCACAAAUAAGGGGUUUUGCUUUAACUGUACUAUGUUUGCGUUCUUAUUAAGGAUGAUUUUAAGGUUAUCAAGCAUAAUAAAAUGUUUAGUGUUGUGAAAAACAGUGCAUAAUGGCUUCUACAAGUAGUGGACGACCUAUUAUAUAUAAGGUGUUAUCAUUUGAAGAAAAACUGAAAAUAAUAUCUGAAGUUGAUGCGAAUACUUUGUUACCAAGAGUGACUAUGGCAAAAAAAAACUAGAAUGCCACUGUUUACUUUGAAUGGAAUCAUCAUUUUUUUUUUUUUUUGCUAGAGUUGUUUUGAUUGGAUAAUCCUUUUUAUUUUUGGUUAUUAAUUUAAAUUCAGUACAAAUAAUUCAGUUUGCUGGUGUAAUUGUAUAUUUUUUCUAGCCCGCCGACAAUAAUGAGAAUAGGCAAGUGUAGUUUUUGAGUUAAUUCAUUAUGUCAAUUGAGUGAAAUUGGUUUUUAUGAAGCAACUGUUUUUUUUUUUCUUUUAACUAUUUCCUCCUUAAGAAGUUAUCCCUGUUAGUAAGUUUUUAUUAUCCAGUACCUUGAAUGACUUAACAAGGUUUUACUGUAGUUAAUUGUUCCUUGUACAUCAGCACCAGUUUUCAUAGUGGCUAAGAGAAUAAUGGUUAAUUUAUUACCAUGUAAAACUGAGUGCUAAUUAUGUAACAUUUUCAUUAUUAUGCAUAUUCAGGAUUUAAGGGGGGAGUGAUAGGUAUUGAAAAAUAUCAUAUUUGUUUCAGAAGUUUUCUUAUGCUAUAACAUCUAUCUGUCGUUUAGUAUUAAUGGCGUUGUUAUGCAGGUUGCCACGGUUCCAUUUUAUAACAAAUCACGUUAAGGUUAGUGGGGACUCUGUUGCAGACUUACUGUCCCAGAUGUUCAACCCAGAGCAUUUUGUAUUGAGCAAGUCCCAGUCCGGGUCAGUUAAUGUUGUCACUUGUAAAUUAUUUCCCAAUUGAUAUCUUCAUUUUCAAGACUGCCAGCAAGAGAUCAGCUGAUUAAUACCCUUAGGGUUCAUAAGGUCAUACCUUAAGUGAGGUAAAAUCCUAAAUAUUGUAACUUUAAGAAAGAUCAUUCUCUUUGAGAGCAUUAUUUAAGCCAAGCCAGCCACCGUACUUAGUUUGUUUAUUCUUAUAAAUAGGUAGUUAUGUUUGAAAGAAAAGUAUAUAUGGGGCCUCUGAACAUGCUCAUCAUAUGCCCAGUUUGCAUUUACAAUUAUCACUACAUUUUCCACAGUUUUCUUAAAUACAGUAAACUCUCGAUUAUCCGGGCCUGGAUUAUCCGGUUUUCGGGUUAUCCGUGCUUGAUUUUUUUAUGAAGUAAAAAAAAAUGACGGUGUAGCUACGCCGCGACUGGGCUGCGCUUUUUUUUUUUUUUUUACUGCCGUGUCAGAAAGCUAUUUACCUGACCCUUCAGACCCUCAUUCCCCGCCACCAUCACCCGUCAAUUUGUCACACUUUAAACCAAAAAGGAAUGCCUUGACUGCUGCUUCCGGCUCAACUAGCCCCCCCACCCCCGACCCUUUUCUUUUUCUUUUCAAGUGUUCUUUUUACAGCGCCCCGCUACGCUAAAAAAAAAAAAGGUCCCUCUACCUCUUUUACCUUCCCGCACUCCUGACGGCUGGAAGAGGCAUUUUUCACGCAGUUAUUUACAUCAGUUCUCCCAGGCACAUUUGUUUUUGUAAUCAUGUCCGGUAAAAGGAAACGUAGCUGACAAUAGCAGAGAAGUUAGAAGUUGUGGACAGGUUAAAAAAAGGAGAAACUGCCGCGAAAUUAGCACAGGAAUAUGAAAUAGGAAUCCAAACCGUGCGAGACAUUAAUAAAAGUGAAGAAAAACUUUUGCAGUUUGCUAGUAGAUCAGACAGUGUGGCAGGGCCUUCUAAACGUAAAAGCAUGAAAACAUCUACCCACGCAGAUGUUGACAAUGCUGUGUAUGUUUGGUUUAGGUCGUUAAAAGGGUGGAGGGAGAUGCUGAGUUGGGACUGCCUCCGCUCUCCCUCCCGUAGCAAUAAAGGGGACAGGAGAAGGAUGGUGGCAACACAGUGCCAGUAUUGUUUACGGUCCAAUAAGCUGGGACACGGUAUACAAAGCCUUUGCUUGUACUCAUAGAAUUCUACUGAACAGACACUCUUUUGCCAGUAAAUACACCAUUUUUAAGUGGUGAAACGGAUUAUCGGGGUUUUUUUAUGGGCAUUCAAUUAUCCGGGCAUCGGAAGGUCCCAAUUAACACGGAUAAUCGAGAGUUUACUGUACAAGGCAGUGGGGCAAUAUUUUUGCAAAUAUUUAAGUACAUUUUGUGUAUUCCCAAUGUUCUCAUUGUAAUUUGCGGUAAACUGUGAUUAUCUACCAUUAGUACAAGGGCUGAUCCUGAGUGCGUGGUUUCGCAGAUAUAGCACAGAGGAGCCAUUGUAAGAAUUCUCAUUUGUUUUUGUGCUUUUUUCUUUACUUGUAAUAGUUUUAUUUUUUGAAUUGAAAUUGCGUGUGUAAAAUCAAUAUAUUUCCAAAAAAAAUAGUACAUUUGAUUAUUAGUAAUACAAAGGCUUGUACAACCAUUUAAAUAUUGUUGUGUGUUUGUCAGUUAAAAUGUUAAAUCAAUAUUCAAAAAUUGUUAACUUGAUUAAAUUUAAUUUAAAACUUAGGUACCCCAUAUACUGAAUCAACAUCCAAUAUAAGUAUCUAAGAGAUUUUAUCCCUAAAAGGAUGAAACGCGGGCUAGGUUUAGUUUUCAGUAAUAAAGCUGAUGAAGUGGAAGGAAAGAUAUUCGAGUAAUAACCAUACUAUAAUUAUCAGCACAUUCACAAUUUUCAUGAUAUUUAUACCUAAUGGAAUGAAAAAAGGGUGACUGGAUUUAUGAUAGAAAAAAAUCAUAUCUCUGAAGCGACUUAUUUGGGAGGUAAAUUAUUAGGUUUAAGUAAUAACAUACAGAAAAAAAACCUUCAGAAUUUUUUACAUUUUCAGAAUGUGUUGUGUGUGAGGGGGGGGGGGGGGGGGGGUUCGACUACUGAUCGAGGUCGUUGUGUCUCAGGGGGUCCAAGAAAUGGUAAUAGUAAGGAUCGGGUACCAUCCUGCUGCACUGAACUGCGACCUAACAGGCCUUAAUGGGCUGUUACCUCCCUGGGCUCUGGUACUGGAAGACGGUGGGAACUCCGUGGCAUGCUCUGCGAGCCUUGUCACGGUGUCACUAGUCUGAAGCUACAGUCUGAGCAGCCUACGUUGUGCAGCUGAUCCUGUUGACGAGCGCCGAAACAGCUCUAGCUACUUCCUCGGCCGGAUCACUGUAGUCGGGGUGAUUGCGGGGUCGCAAGUUGAAAGUGAUAGAUUUGGAUAAGUGCCAGUCGAUACUAAAUUAUAAUUAUAGUUAGAUUAUAAUAAUACUCAUUUAGUCACCUACUGUUUACCUUACGUGUGGUGCUGAUGCUGGGAUGGUUUGCGUUGACCUCCCAGUAAAAUCUUUCUAUUUUUGCCUCAAAUUCGUGUUAAAAUGGCAUGUAUUUUUCCCUACGGCUUUUGGGAGCCCAUGAUGGCUGCCUGUUUUUUUUCCUUAUAGCGAGUACUAGUUUGCUAUUGGCACGUAAAUGAAAAUUUUCUCCGGAAUGCCAUUCGAAAAUUGGUCAAUUAUACGUUCUUACUACAGAAAAAUCCUUAGAUUAGGGAUAAAACUCCCCACGGCACAAAUUGGUGUAGAUAGAGAUUGAUCACCCUUGUUGCUGAACAGAAUAUAAUCUCAUAUUUUCAAAGCUCUGCAAAACUGAAGAAAUUAUUUAUCUAAAAAGUCUUUGACUCAAAACAGAUACUGAGGAUAAGAAAAGUUAUUAAAUUAUAAAAUUGCACAUAAGUUGCAGAUCAAUGAUACUGCACAUAUAUAAGUUGCAGAUCAAUGAUACCAGGUGAUUUAAGUUCUUGGGUGCUCACAGCGUGAUCUGCCUUGGCUCAAUAUGGCGACUGGUCAGUGCCUUUGCACACAACUCAAGCAUCCUCCCCCCUUCUCCAGGGUGAUAUACUCUUCAUAUUCCUCCAGGGUGUGCUUCCCAUAGCGUAGGAUCAUCCUCUGGAAUGUGCAGAUGACCGUUAAAUUAUAUUGCGAUCAUGGCAUAAACUUGUCUCCAAUUGGUCGAUUCACCUGUCCACUUGGGUAAGUGCUCCGACUGCAUAGAUAAUCAGAAGCAGGUUUUCUGUGAUUGCCUGGAGUGGAUCAGCCAUUUACGCUGAGGAGCCGUGCAAUUGGCUGUGUGAGGGGAGAAAAGCCUGUGAUUGGCAUUUGGAGCUGGCCAAUCAAGUGAAGGUUGGCUGUGGCUGACGGAGGCGAUGUUUGAAAUUUUUGUCUCGGCCCAAUUCAACCAAAUCCGAUGAAGGUAAAAAACUUUCACGUGUAGGUGCUGUCCAGUGGUUCGUUAUCCGUGCACUCACUCCGUGCCACACUCGUCACAAGCAUGCACUGAGUGCAGUUCACUGUCCCGCAAUUUACAGCCACUCCAUCUGAAUUGUGGCCACUUCACUAUUUAGCAAGAACUACAACACAAGACCCAAUGCUCCAUACUAGAGGUGUAAACUGGACUCAAUGUACACUGCUCUGCAACAAACGAGAAAAUGAUUCUAGCACUUGGACCAAACACCACGCAGGCAGUGCCACAAGAGCAUACGCCAGCACAUUCUUCUUUUAGCCCAGCUUUUUAAGUAUGAAUCAUAUACACACACCAACACUACAAACGGUUCUUAACCAUUUUCGGAAAUUACACCAAUUAGAGGGUGAAAAAAAGGGGAUAAUUUUGUGUUAUAAGAUAUAGUUUAUAUCGCCGAAUAUAAUAUAAUUGAAGGUGAACCAAGAAAAUAUUACAUAUAAUUUCUACCUCUUUGGGAAUGUAAUCUGAAAAAAUUUUUUAUGCCAGUAAGAAAUUAAAUCUUUAUAUCUUUUCAAAUACUAUUUAAUAGUUUGAAUAUUAAAAUAAACAUACAAACCUACCUAUUACUUUUUACCAUUUUCUGACAUUUCACUAAUGGAAGGCAUUAUUUAACUUUAAAUAAAAUCCGCUUAGUCUGAAUGUUACAUGCAUAGAUGUGUAAAAAAUAAUUCAGCAUACGUGUGCUAAAUAUUCUACAACUACGUUUUUUUUUGUGUACCGGUACUGAGGAGAGAAGCACAUUAGUUGUAGCAUUCAUUAUGUCUAUAUACAACCAGUAUUUUCAUAUCUGUGUGAAAAAUAUAUUUAUAAAAUAGUGGGGGAGACCUAUAAUUUGUAUCAUUCAAUUUCAUUACUGAUACAGAUACUAAAAUUAAAAGUAUUAACUUUUGUCUAUCUGUUAAUUUGGUAUACCAUCAUGCAAAAACUAUUCAGUGUUUUAAUGAAAUCGAGAACUAACAUAAUUUGAUAUUGUAAAGUACCAUUUAGGACAUUUUAUUCCAAUAAGUUGUAUUGUUACCUCAGUAAGCACCUCUUAAUUAGCUAUAAUCUGUUUCGGUAAAUGGUGGUGUGAAUUCCUCUGCUAAGUUCUGCAUACCCAGGUAGGAGUCUUGCAGUAUGUAAUGAUCCAUGGCACAUUUGAGCAUGCAUCAUAUUACAUUUGUAAAAGCACGAUCUUUCAACAUAUGAUCAGCAUUGUUGUGGUUUGAACAACAAGGACUUGGGGGAUGCAGGCGUAUCCUACCUUUGACACACACAAGGUCUUAUUUUAACAUUUAUUAUUGACAAAUUGUUUACAAAAGUUUAUAGAUCGACUAUCUUAAGCUGAGCUGAGUUUUUACACUUGAGCCUACGCAUUAAUAAAUAGCAUUUAAGCCUGAACACUAUGGCACCUAGCCUUAAAUGUGCACAAAAUUCUGCUUACUUGGAAUUUACCAAACUACUUAAAACUUUUACUAUGAAAUGACAUUUGCAAAGUGUAUUCAACUCAAAUACUUAAAAACAUUGCACUUAAGCCUGGAAGCUACAGAGGGCUUGACUUCGCAGUUAGUGCAUGUUUAUGGUAGAGUUAGCACUCGACACCAAGGUGAGUGUCUGUGAAUUUUUAAAGCUACAGCAACUUUGCCCCCUUAGAGGUGUGGCUAUAGUACUUGCAUUCUUCCUCUGAUGCUGGUCGUCUUCACAGCAUGUCUACCUAACCACACUCAACACCAUAUAAAACCCCCUUAGGGGAACAUUUCAACAAUUUGUAACACUGAGUUUGUAGUUACCCAUUAUCCUAUCUCACAAUGGUAUAGCAUCCCUGAUAUUUUGUUUGUAAAAAAAAUAUGCUUACCCAAGUUUUACCCAUGUAGCAGUAGAAUUGGGAAAACUAUGAAACAUAAGGUGCAGAAUUUUUGGUUUGUGUGUGUUUGUUAUACCUGAUAUCUUGCCUCACAUUUAAGUAGCCUUAGAGAUAUGGUUUAUUUUUUGUUGUGUUGAAAUGAAAAAAAAAUUGUAAUAAUACUUGGUUAUGUUAUGGUUAUAUCUUAUUUCUAUGAAGUAAAAUACCUUUUGUUAAAUGGUUGAAAUUAGAUCAGUUUAAAAUUUAAAAAACAGCACUUAACUUUGUAUGCAUAUUGCUGUUACAUAAUUUAAUACUUUGUGCUGCAGUAAAUUUAGGAAUAUGAAUUCUUAAGAUGGAUUUUCAUGAAAUUGUAUGAAGUUAUAUGACUAUUUAUUAUGAAACAAUAUUUACUUCUCUUUUUACCCCCUUAGGGGUGAAAUUCCAUAAUGAUACAUUGCCUAGUGUUUAUCCAGAGAUUUAACUAAAAAAAACUUUCAUUGAAAUCCAUUCAGUAGUUUUCGAUAGAUACUGGAAAAAACAGACUAAAUUUCUAAAAUGAACUUUAUAGUUUAAUUUUAUAAAUAUAAAUAUUUUAUAACAAAAAAUUAAUAAAGCAUUGUAACUCUUAUUGGUUGAGUCUGAAAAGGAAAUAUUUAAAAUAAUUUUAUUUAUAAAAUCAAAAAUAAAUUAAAGGAGAGAAAGUUGAAAGAUUGUUAAAUACGAGUGUAUGUUCUAAGUUUUUAUUAGAUAAGAGUUUUUAUGGCAUUGAGAAACCAAUAUAUUGCUGGGUAGUAAAACUGCCUUAUGUUAUUAGAAAAGCUUUGACCAAACGCAGUCAUUCUGUUUAGCACUGUAUGCAAAUUCUCAGUUUGCCUGGCAAUUGACCAUGUAAAUACCCAGUACUGCAUUUUACGACCUUGACUGUAAGGUGGGUCAGCAUUUCUCCUGACAUUUUUAGAAUGUUAUGUUAUUUUAGUUCAUUUUGGAUGUUUUUAGUUAUCUACUUUCAAUGUGAUUUAUUUUUAAUUACUGACUUUCCAGAUAACCAAAUUGUGUGUGAACAUGCUAAAAAUUAGCAAAAUUAAAUUUAUAAAUUUUAAGAUUAUGAAAUUAUAAAUUGUUAAAGGUUAUUGAAAUUCAUAAUGUGAGGGUUGUAUUGUUAGUGUAAAUGCUCUUGAUACAUUAAUACUGUCUUGUAUUACAUACUUAGUUAGUACUUAACGAAUGUUUUCAUAUUUGGUACAGUUCAUUUUACAAAGUUUUUAUAAGUUUUUUUUAUGUUUUUAUUACAUUUUUUACACAAUAGCAUUUUGUCUUUUUAUAUUAAUUGUUUUUAAAUUAUGCUAUUUGUAUUGUUUAACAGUUAUGUAUGGUUUGUUAGUCUGAAUUGUAACACAUGUUAUAUAGUUACAUACAUAGUUUUUAUUCUUUUCAUGUUUUGUAAAAAGUGCGCACAUAUGUUCUGUCAUCCAUAGUGGUAUAUUUACUGAUGUAUUUUUUAAUGGUAAUAAUAUAGUUCUUGUUAAUGGAAUGCUUUUCUUAUGCCAGAGUCAAAUAAGCUACAAAUUUUGAGAGAAUUUGUGUUCAAGUAAGUUAAAGUUACAUUUCAUAAAUGUAUCUGAAACAGAUUGUGUUGUAUGGGUGGUGGCAUUUUUGGAGCAAAUUAAAUAAAAAUAUUGUUACUAAGCAACUGUCACAGGCGGCUGUCAAUGUGCGACAGUAAAUGUUAAAAGGAAAGCGUACUUAUACAAUGGUUUGUUCAUUGUAGCAUGUUUCCAUGGAGAUAAAGAAAUAAAUCAAUAUAAAAUAUCAAAAA